GCACAUUUGUUUUGCACUCUUCAGUGCUUCACACUUCCUCCUCUGUGUUUUCAUAAACAAACCACAUUUGUCUUCUACCGAGGCCGCAGAUUCUCACGGCUUUGACGGACUGUUCUUAUAUUUGAGCUAAGUGCAUGAUUUACCGAAGAUCUCAGCGAUUCCUUAAAUACGGGUCAGACCUGAAGAGGAAACGCGGGCUUCUCGACAACAAGAGGCUUCUGUUGUCUUCUUUUUGUCCGACGGGCUGACGCGUGGUGCAUCGCUCCUGGACACAUCCGCACGACAAAAGCGCCACAGAGACUUCUCUGCGCUCACAAGGCUUUUAGCAGGGCAUAUUUCAUCAGACAUGGUGAAGCUGACAAAGGCCAAGACUUUCCAGGCCUACCUGGACUCAUGCCACCGUCGCUACAGCUGUGUGCACUGCCGCGCCCAUCUGGCCAACCAUGACGAUCUCAUUUCCAAGUCUUUUCAAGGCAGUCAGGGCCGAGCCUACCUCUUCAACUCCGUAGUAAAUGUUGGCUGUGGUCCUGCAGAAGAGAGGCUGCUGCUCACUGGACUUCAUGCUGUAGCUGAUAUCUACUGUGAAAACUGCCACACCACUCUCGGCUGGAAAUAUGAACAAGCCUUUGAGUUAAGUCAGAAAUACAAGGAAGGAAAGUACAUCAUCGAGCUGUCCCACAUGAUCAAAGACAAUGGCUGGGAUUGAGCAGAAAAAGGGCACCCUAUGACUGGUAGAAGUUGUAUCCCUUCAACUACAAGGGUUCCAAUGUCUCCCUCUCGUCUCACAUACGAGCCAUUGCUGUGCCACACUUUCACUUUGUGCAGUUUCGCCAAGAAUAGCAUGUGAAUGAUGCCUUAUCUUUUUCUGUUCUUCACGUUUCUUAAGCAGCUGCAGCAACACUUGCUGGUGCUGAUAUCCCAGUUGGCUGGGUCAUGGAGUGAAUGAGUGUAAGGUUUGUGUCUGAUAAGUAACUAGGACAUGUAAUCACGCUGGCAUGUGUGCAUGUUUGGGUUUCAAAGCAUGGUUUAACCACAAAUCUCUUAUCAGAAACCUCAAGAGUAGAUGGAAGUUAAUGGGAGUAAUACUUUCAACUGCAAAAUCCUAACUUAUCGGUUGCGGUCGCUGAAAUUGGCAGGUCCAUGGUGUAAAGUGGACUCAACUAUAAAUUUGUAAGAUAUUGCCUAUAAUGCAAAUUAUACCUGGCAAAAGGAAUUUAACCAAAUGCAUUAUCCUUCUGGUCAAAUGAUAAAUUGUUAAAGGCAAUCAGGGUUGAACACUAAAUCCCGGUCUACAGUGGAGCAUUUUAUGUAUGUUUUAUGAAUGAAUGUGUAUGUAUUUUAAGUUUGGUGUGAAAGUUAAAAUGGGUCUUAUGUAGGAUUCACGUGUAGUAUUUCCUCUGUAUAGGUGGGACGUUUUACUUAAUGCUGAAAAGAUCUAUCCUUUGUGUACCACUGAGCUGUCCUUUCGUAUGUAUCCAUGUUAGAGCAGAUCAGGCUUAAUAUUAAGUAGCAUAUUUAUGGUGAUUUUAAUGUCUGCUUCUUACAUUAAAGUGUAUUGUUUUAA